CAACGCCAAAACAGACGACAUGUUAGCCAAUGUUAGUAAAAGAACGGUCGUGAAUCUCAUAAACUAGUUUAGACAUCGUCCCAUUAUUCUUAUAACGGAGUGGGCAUGUGUUUGUGCUUCAUCUUGUGUUUUGGAAACUGCUUUCCAUCAACCACUUUGUUUAGAAGUUCAUUAUAGUGAAAGACUGAGCUAGCUAACACUAGUGUGUAGACAUGGAGGGUAGCGCUAGCGUCAGGAAAGCGCUGUCCGGGACUCUGGUCCCUUCAGCGGUCACAACAGUAGCCAUACGGACUCCUUUAGAAGAACAGAACAACGACAGGCCGAAGAGGAAAGUCCUCGACGAAGAGGAUUACAUUGAGAAUUUAGAGAAAAUCAUUCAGCGAGACUUUUUCCCUGAUGUUACAAAGCUACAAGCACAAAAGGAAUAUUUGGAGGCAGAGGAAAAUGGAGAUCUAGAGAGAAUGAGACAGAUUUCCAUUAAAUAUGGAUCUUCUCUCGCAAAAGCCACACCACAAUCCGUGGCACCUUAUGUAACACCAGCCAGUUUUGAAACACCAGUGGGUCUACCAGGGUCUCCUGCAUCCAGUCACAGCAGGAAUUUGGUCAAUAAAGACAUUAAAGAAGAUGAAGAGAAAGAAAAGGAAUUGCCAUCUCUGGAUCAUUUUCUUGCCAAAAAUACCAGUGAGGAUAAUGCAUCAUUUGAACAGAUAAUGGAACUGGCAAAAGACAAAGAGAAACUGAGGCAUGCCUGGUUAUACGAAGCAGAGAAUGAAUUUAAACAGCGACAUCAAGAAAACCUGGCUUUACCAGCACCAGAGAAAGCAGCACUGGAGUGUGUUAAAGCUGGAUUGGAGACCUGGGAGUAUAAAGCCAAGAAUGCAUUGAUGUAUUAUCCAGAAGGAGUUCCAGAUGACACUGUCUUUAAGAAACCAAGAGAGGUUGUGCACAAGAAUACACGAUUUUCAGGAGAUCCUUUCAGCAAAGCUCUCAACAAAAGCCAGAUACAACAGGCUGCAGCUCUCAACGCUCAAUUUAAACAGGGUAAAGUUGGUCCUGAUGGAAAGGAGCUCAUACCUCAAGAGUCUCCAACUGUAAAUGGGUAUGGCUAUGUGGGUACCCCAUCACCAGCACCUGGUGUAGCUGAAUCCCCUCUCAUGACUUGGGGCGAGAUUGAGAGCACCCCAUUUCGACUAGAUGGCUCUGACACACCAUAUGUAGAGAGAAACCAUGGUCCAUCAUUUAAGAUCCCAGAACCAGGAAGACGGGAAAGACUUGGUUUGAAAAUGGCCAAUGAAGCGGCUGCCAAGAAUCGUGCAAAAAAACAGGAGGCAUUGCGAAAGGUCACACAGAACCUAGCAAGUCUUACACCAAAAGGUAUGAGCCCAGCCCUCAGCCCUGCCUUACAGAGACUUGUAAAUCGGACUUCAAGUAAAUACACAGACAAAGCAUUAAGAGCUAGUUAUACUCCUUCACCUUCCCACCGAAAUGUGGCUUGCAAGUCCCCAUUUAAUGGCCCUGCAACACCUUCAGGAACCCCAACACCCAACAAGGCAAAGACACCGAGUUCUCAGGACGUUACUUCCCUUACAGACAAUUUGUUACAGCUUCCCAAACGGAAGAAAGCAUCGGACUUUUUCUAAAGAAAGUGCCAUAUUUGUUAACAAAUGUAGAUAAACAUAACAAUACAGUGCUGAUACCAAUAUUUACAUUUGAAGAACAAGAGUGUGCGCGUUUCAUUUCAGCACAAGUUCAUUAGAUUAUUUUCUUUUUUUUCCUCAUUCAUUUUAGAUAUGUGACAUUUGUUUCCCUUUUAACUUAAUGCCAGCGGUUUUGUUCAGUUGAGCAAAAUAUUGAUGUAUGUAUGUAUUUUUGAGAAGUUCUCUACCACUAAAUAUACUAGUAGUCUUGUCAACAUCUUCAA